UCGUGAGACGAUGGAAGCACCACACACAUGCUUCAGCAACGCUAUCAUUCUCGGUUUCUUGCUUCUGAAUUUGGUUUUGGGGAGAGUUAUCGGUGCCGAUACCUAUAACAGAGAUGAUUUUCCGGCCGAUUUUGUUUUCGGUUCAGGCACCUCUGCUUACCAGAACGUAGGUACGUCCCUGUCAGUAAGUUGAAAGGCGAAGGCGAUGUGCCAGGAUCACUCAGUUUUUGCACAAUCCUAUCCGCUUCCAAUAAAUGUUAUCCGUGGCGCGUUGAAAUUAGAAAGCGAGAGCCAAAUGUGGGGUGAAUCGAUGGAAACACCACACACCAACGCUUUCAUCCUCUCUUUCUUACUUCUAAACUUGGCUUUCGGAAGAGUUGCCGGCGCCGAUACCUACAGCAGGGACGAUUUCCCCGUCGAUUUCAUUUUCGGUUCAGGCACCUCUGCUUACCAGGUGGAAGGAGCUGUUAACACAGAGGGAAGAAGUAGUAGCAUAUGGGAUACAUUUACGCACGCUGGAUAUAUGCAGGGAGAAAAUGGAGAUGUAGCAUGUGAUGGGUACCACAAGUAUAAAGAAGAUGUGAAGCUAAUGGUGGAAACAGGGCUUGAAGCCUAUAGAUUUUCCAUUUCUUGGUCCAGACUGUUACCAAAUGGUAGAGGACCCGUCAAUCCCAAAGGAUUACAGUACUACAACAAUCUCAUCAAUCACCUCAUCAGCAAUGGAAUCCAACCACAUGUGACGUUACACAACUAUGACCUUCCACAGGUUCUUGAAGAUGAAUAUGGAGGAUGGCUUAGUCGUGACAUCAUAGGAGACUUCACAUACUAUGCUGAUGUAUGUUUUAGAGAGUUUGGCGACAGAGUCUUGUAUUGGACCACUGUGAACGAACCCAACGUUUUUGGCUUAUGUGGUUAUGAUCAGGGAACCUGCCCACCUCAACGAUGUUCUCCCCCAUUUUGUGCUAUAAAGAGUAAUAGGGGCAACUCCACAUAUGAACCCUACUUGGCAGUUCAUCAUAUUUUGUUAGCUCACUCUUCAGCUGUCAAAUUGUACCGGAGAAAAUACAGGAACAAACAACAUGGAUUUGUUGGUACCACUGUCUUCUUGUAUGCGAUUUCACCUCAAACAAAUACAGAGAAAGACAGGGCAGCAACUGAACGAGCUCGUGACUUUUUGGUUGGUUGGGUUAUGGAACCCUUGGUAUAUGGAGACUAUCCAAUUUCCAUGAAGACAAAUGCAGGUGUAAGAAUUCCGGCCUUCACACCUCGUGAAUCUGAACAACUCAAGGAUUCAUUUGACUUUAUAGGAGUCAAUUACUACACCGGCAUCAAUGUCACAGAUAAUUCUGACAGCCUUAAGAAUCCACUGAGAGAUUUCACCGCAGACACCGCUACAAUGUUUUCAGGAGUGGAUCUGUUUUCAAAUGAAGAGUACCCUAUCAUACCGUGGAUUAUGCUGGAAGAAUUGAAUAAAUUCAAGCUCCUUUAUGGAAAUCCUCCUAUAUUCAUUCAUGAAAAUGGUCAACGGACACCAAGUAAUUCGUCACUACAAGACGUGUCAAGAGUGAAAUACUUGCAUGGACAUAUUGGUGGAGUGCUUGAUGCCUUGAGGGACGGAAUAAACAUAAAGGGGUAUUUUGUCUGGUCUUUUCUGGAUUUGUUCGAGUUGUUGGAUGGAUACAAAUCUAGCUAUGGCCUAUACUAUGUUGAUAGGGAAGAUCCAGAGUUGAAAAGAUAUCCAAAGCUCUCUGCAAAAUGGUACAGCCGAUUUUUGAAGAAUAGAAGCAGUUUUAUAGUUGGAAGUGUUGAACUUGAGAAGGAUCCCUCGCUCGUUUCAAUUGGUCACUUAUUUGAGUAAUAGGUUCUUUGUUUGUUAUCAUGAAAAUACAUAACAUAAGAAUAAACUUGGAGAAAGCAUAGAGAGAGCUGACAAGUAAAGCCCCAUAGGUAAUGGGGUAUGAUAUGCCAUGCUAAAGACAAGGGAUUUCAAAUAACAGUGUAGUGUUUGGCA